AUGGCCGCGGUGGAUGUGCUAAGAUUGAAAAGACGGCCGGAGUUUCCAGACCCAAAAAUCUACUUCUACAAAAACCAUCCCAUCCAAUACAUCUCCCUACUGGGACUAAUAACCUCCCGAACGGAAUUCCCCACCGUUACGAUCCUCACCCUUGACGAUAGCAGCGGUGUAACGCUCGACGUGGUCGUUCAGAAAGCUACCCCCAACUCCACUCCCUCAUCUACUUUACCUACUUCCUUUACUCCCACCCAGCAUAUCUCCCCCACAACCUCCCUCGCCCUCGACAUAAGCCCCUACGCACCAGGCACCUUCGCGCACCUCAAGGGCACCAUCAGCACAUUCCGCGGCGUGAACCAGCUCCAACUCGAGCGGGUAUUUCCGGUCCGGGACACGAACGCCGAGAUGCGGUUCCUGGAUCAGCGGUCGCGGUUUUUGGUGGAGGUGUUGGAUGUGCCGUGGCGGUUGGGGAGGGAGGAGGUGGAGAGGUUGAGAAGGGAAUUGGACAUGGAUGAGGAGGAGGAGGAGGAGAGGGUUAGACGGAAGAGACGGAGACGGGAGGAGAGGGAUCGGAGGAGGAUGGGGAAGAUGCGAGAGAGAGAGGAGAGGGUGGGGGUUAGGAGAAUUAUCGAGGGGAAGAGGGUGGAGGGGGUAGGUUCUGGUGGAGCUGGGGGUAUAUAA